AUGGCCAAAUGCAUUGAGAACAACACCAUUGAAAUAGUUCCGUAUGAGUGUCCACCACUCCAGAACAUAACAUGUUCCAAUGGAAAGAAACCUGUUCUUGCAUAUGAUGAGUACUACUGCUGCCAACAUUAUGUUUGUGACUGUGUAUGCGAAGGCUGGGGAGAUCCUCAUUACAUCACAUUUGAUGGUUUAUACUACAGUUACCAAGGAAACUGUACUUAUGUUUUGAUGGAGGAGAUCACACCAAAAUUCAAUCUAAAGAUAUAUAUUGACAAUGUAUUUUGUGAUCCCACUGAAGAUGUUUCUUGUCCAAGAUCAUUAACUAUAGAAUAUGGAUUUAAAAUUGUCACUCUCAUCAAUCAUAACCUUGUUGGAGCUCCACAACUAGAGGCAUUAGAAAAUGGUGAAAAACUGAAACUACCUCAUUCAAAAGAUGGGAUUAAGAUCAUGAGUUCUGGGAUUAACUUGGUUUAUGAGAUCCCUCGCCUAAAAGUUGUAAUUACAUUUGGAAUGACUGGCUUUAGUGUCAACCUUCCAUAUCAGAACUUUGGAGGCAACACAGAGGGUCAUUGUGGAACAUGCACCAACAAUCAGGCUGAUGACUGCAGGCUGCCGACAGGCGAACUGGUGGGAAAUUGUGCAGUGAUGGCAGACUAUUGGCCAGCGGGUAACAUUUAUCAACCCAACUGCCCAACACCACCUUCAGUACCCACUGAUGUACCUGAGUCACCAUUAGAACCAACUCCAUGCAAGCCAGACUCCAUUUGCGAUAUGAUUAAGGAAAGUGUUUUUGCAGAAUGUCACCCCUUCGUUUCACCAGACAAUUUCUACAAAGGUUGUGUUUUUGAUAGCUGCCACGUUUUGAAUCCUACAGUAGAGUGCACAAGUUUGCAGACUUAUGCUGCUGCCUGUGCUCAGGCUGGAAUUUGCAUCCACUGGAGAAACCACACCAAAAUCUGCGCUAACGACUGCCCAUCUGACAAGGUAUAUAAGCCUUGUGGUCCUGUAGAACAGCCAACUUGUGAAGACAAUCCAGAGGAAACAACCCUAAAUUUUACUACUGAGGGCUGCUUCUGCCCUGAAGGAAUGAAACUCUUCAACAAAGAAUCAGGAAUAUGUGUUAAGAAGUGUGGAUGUCUUGAUCCAGAGGGUAAUUCCCGCGAGUUUAACGAGAAGUUUGAGUACAAAUGCCAGGACUGCAUUUGUGAUAAGCCGACCAAAACUGUGAUUUGCAAACCUAAGACAUGCCCGGUACAACCCAGUGCACUCUGCACAGAUCCAGGGUUUGUUGCUGUGAACCAAACAAAUCCUGCGGAUCCCUGCUGCUUUACCUAUGUUUGUCAAUGCCAAAUCAACACGUGCCCAGUAAACUCUAAGAGCUGUCCAGUUGGAUACAGGCCAGUCCUCAGUGUUCCUGAAGGAAAAUGUUGUCCAGAAUAUUCAUGUGAGCCUAAACGAGUUUGUGUCCAUAAGGAUGUUGAAUACCAGCCUGGUUCCUCAGUUCCUGCGAAUCCAUGCCAGGAAUGUAUCUGCACCAACGAAGUCGACCCAAAAUCGGAUCUGUUUAAAGUAGUGUGCGAGUUUCCGUUAUGUGAUGAGACCUGUGACAUGGGAUAUGGUUAUGUAGAAACUACCUCUGAUGAAUGCUGUGGAAAGUGUGUACAGAACCAAUGUGUCCUGAACCUUAAUGGCACCAAGCAACUCUUAAAGGAAGGAGAAACCUGGUCACCACCUGAAAACAUGUGUGAGCGCUACACCUGUAUGAGGACUGGUGACACACUUACAGCCCUAAGUUCACUCACCAUCUGUCCAUCUUUCCAAGAGAGUAACUGCCAACCUGACACAAUUCAAACUGCAGCAAAUGGCUGCUGUAAAAUCUGUGUGGAGAAAGAUAAAGCCUGCAAGAUAGUGAACAUGAAAACUCGCGUUACACGGGACGGCUGUCAGUCUGAACAGGAGGUGGAUAUGCCAUACUGUGAAGGAUCUUGCAAUACGUUCACCAAGUACUCUGAAGCUGCCGCUGCUAUGGAACAUUCCUGCUCUUGCUGUAGGGAAACCCGAUCCAGUAAUCGCACCGUUGAUUUGCUGUGCUUGGAUGGAAGCAGGUUCACCCACACCUACAUGCAUGUGGAGGAGUGUGGCUGUGGCCAUACUGAGUGCACCACAACUGCAGGGCUACGUGCUCGCAGAAAGCGCAGCUCAACACUGCUGUAA